GUUUAUAAUGCCUCAUUUGCCAUAUUUAUGUAGUCCGGGUGUAUACCAUAAAUCGGUGAUUCGUCGCCGGUUAUGUCGUUUUCAUUAGUGUCUGCUUUUUAGAAUUAACAUUUUUUUGUUACACCUUAGAUGUGUAUAUUGCUAGUACAGUGUGUUAGCACAAAAUUAAAAGGUCUUCUGUAUAUACGGGUUGUUUUUAACUUUUAAAAGUGGUAUCACUGAUUGCUGUGGAAGGCCAUGAAGGGACGUUUGCAGCUUAGUCGCUCUGAGAGCGUCGAUUUAUCUAAAUACGCUCAUACUUUGCGUGGAGUUCAUCCACGUGAGUUGGAUUUUUCGGAUGAGUUUUACGGGACGUCUGAUGAUAGCUCAUCUCCUCUAGACUUCGGUCAUUGUUCUUCUAAUGGAUUUUGGAGCAGAACAUUUGAUUUUGUAUUACGUCGUCGUUUGAUUAUCGCAUGUUUUGUUUAUGUUGUAAUGGAUAUUUUGACGACGGUGUAUUACAAGCGUCUAAUGGACCAUACUGGCAACUACGUGAUGGUUACCAUGGAGAGUCUGGUGGUAUACUUUUUAAUAUUAUUCUCUUUCAUUUACGUAGCUUGUCGCCACUUCUUUCCUGAGUAUAUGUCGCGUCCUUUUGACCCUCAUCCGUUAUUUUUGAUGGGUGCUUUUGAUAUUGUUGCUACUGCUUUAUCUGCAGUUGGGAGCGUGAACACCAGUGGUAUAUUAUUGGUUAUGUUGGGUCAGGUUGGAAUACCUUUGACUAUUAUUGCUUGUAAAGUGAUACUGGGUCGUAAAUACCACAAGUUGCACUAUUUAAGUUCCUUCUUUAUCAUUGCUUUUGUUUGUUUGAAGGAGCUUACAAUCCCUGCAGUGAGUGAGCGUAACGACAUAUAUUCAAACCUUUUGUACAUUAUUGCUUGUUUGCCUGAUUCGAUAGCUUCUGCCCUCCGAAGUGGUCAGUACACUUCAGAUUCAUUUCACUUGGUGAAGUAUCAAUUCAGUGCUAUGGCAUUGCAAUUUGUGCUUGGUCUACCGGUUUUCGCUUUCAUUAUGUCCAAGCGCCAUACUCAACCUGAUUUGGGUAUAUUCGGCAGCAUAGUUCAUGAUAUUGAAAGUGGUCUUGCUUGUUUAUUCUUAGGUCGCAAUACUAUAGUGGACGGUUGCAGCGAGACUGGAUUUCCCCGUUGUGAUUCAUGUGAAGGUUCUUUGCAGAUAUUUUUGAUAUAUUUGCUUUGCAACAUGAUAAUCCGUGUGGCUUAUAUUGUGAUAAUGAUGGAGGGUACUGUUACUUUAGUAUUUUUACUGGGUACAUUAAAGGUGCCUUUAUGCUCGAUUGCAUUUUCACUUCCUGCGAUCAGUGGUGACAGUGCUACUGACUUUGAGUUCAUUGAUGUCGUAUGCUUCGUUGGUAUUAUGGUAUCACUGUUUUUAUAUGGUACUGGUACCAAGCGUUUAGAGAAUGAGACUGCAACUCGUUUUUCAACGCCUCUAUUACCUGAUCGCGAAGACUUUUCUCGCGUGGUUUCAAUACAGGAGCCCAUGGAGUGAGCGCAAAAAUGGCGU